UCACGUCACUCAGACUUCAUCCACACACGAGCCUUCCAAACAUCUAUCCUCAACCCAAGAAACUUUCACAAUCCUCAAAAAGCUCAAAUCAAGAAGUUCUCAUCCUUGUGCAAUGGAUUUCGAAGACGAUACCAUUGACCCGGCCAUGGCCGCAGCCAUGGGUUUCACUUCCUUCGGCGGCGCUCCAAACAAGCGUCGUAAAGUCCACCGCAAUAACGAUGAUGGCGACGGCUUCAUCGAUCCCGAAAUCGCGAAGUCUAAUAAUCUUCCUGCAAAGCUUGCACCAGGAACGGGCGCCAAUAGCGUGAAGACAGGCCCACGCCUUCCGGCCGCAGCGAGCGCACAAGAUGCGGCGAAUGCCACGACUGCUGCUGGCGUCGUUCCUGCUGCUGGCGAGUCCAAUGUAGCUGCCAGUGGUAGCACCGCGCAAGUAUCCGGCGCAUCUCCGGCUUUUUCAACAGCGACUCACGGUGGUCCAACUGCCGGCGCUCAGGGUGGUGUUGAUCAGAAUCGUCCUAAUAUGAGGAAGGGAGUGCGGAAUGAAAAUGGCGACAUGGUGUUUUUCAAGCCUAGCUUCUUGGAGGACCCGUGGAGACAUUUACGGGAUGCGAAGAGAGCUUGAGAUUCCUGCGAGAUUUGUACCGUGAAGUCUGGGUUGGGUGUACCCAGGAGGUUGUCACACUGUGGCGAUAACGCGGCGACGAAGAUCAUCAAUUUCGAAAUGUUCGAUA